ACAAGAAGACAAAAAGAAGACGGAAAAAUUGUAACAGGUUGAAGAGUACGCUGCCAAUACAAAAGAAGUCGAAAACUAGAUGGAUAGGCAGAAUAAGUGGCUUCCAGCGAAAGAUGUUCCAUUCUGGGGGGCCGUAGAAUGGAACAGAUUGCCGUUUUCCGAACGACGGAUUUACUACAAGAUGGCAAGAUGCGCUUCGAAAAGUACUUUAGAGAAAUACCCGGAUACUCGACGUCACAAUAAGAAAAUAAAGAAGAAAAAGACGAGGAAGAAAACUAGAAGACGAAAAAGAAGAAGAGACGAAUGCAAUUCUGAUGAUUCAUUAACGAUCAGUGUAUCUUCAAGUGAAAAUGAUUCGUCUAGAUCAGCCAGGAUUUUUGACUCGGUCGAAACUGUUCCCAUUUAUGAUUUGUAGAUGAAAAUAAAAGUUUGUAUACGUGUGUACAAGUUCGACGAAGACAAAUGAAUAAAAUAUAUUCUAAAUUAUAAUUAUUGAUAAUAUAUAAAGAACAAUUCGAACUUAUAUGGACCUAAUAUAAACUGCCCUAUUCAACCAAGACGAGUAAUAUCAUGUAAGUGGGAGUACAGCGCCAUCUGCAGAUUCAAUUGUCAAUUGUAGAAUUUUAUGGUGUUUGACAAUCGUAAAACAAAACAAUA